UCCGCCUGCCUCCCAUCUGCAGCAGCAUCUCUCGGGCUCAUCAGGCGGCGCUUCCCCUCCAGCCUCAGCAUCCGCCGCCUUCCCGAAGAGGAGCGCCGACAGACGCCGUUGCUUCGUGCGAGGAGGUGUCCUGCGUGCGUGUUUUUUUUUUUUUUUUUUUUUAUUCCCCCCCCCACACACACACACACACUCACACACCCUUUUUCCCUCCCACUUCUCCGGUUAAACAUGGUGGAAAUGUCGGGUAUGGUGUGCCUUCUCGCCCCGCUGCUGAUGUUCGCGGGGUCCACCUUGCAGGCGGACGUGAGGAGCGUCCGAGACGCGGAGAAAUCCGGGAAUUUCAUGGAAGACGAGCAGUGGCUGUCCACCAUUUCACAGUACAGCCGCAAGAUCAAGCACUGGAACCGCUUCCGAGACGACGAUUAUGUGCGAACCUGGGAUGAAAACCAAGACUCUAAUGACAAUGUAGACACCACCAAGGACCCCUGUCAGAAGGUUAAGUGUAGCCGACACAAGGUGUGCAUCGCCCAGGGCUACCAGAAAGCCGUGUGCGUCAACCGCAAGAAGCUGGAGCACAGACUGAAGCAGCCCACUCUGCGCUCUCCUGAUGGGAACUGUCAGCCAUGUCCCAUCUCCUCCACCGGGCCAGUGUGUGGAUCAGACGGACACAACUACGCCUCAAAGUGCAAGCUAGAGCAGCAGGCGUGUCUCACUGGGAAAGCUCUCACCCUGAAGUGUUCAGGUCUGUGUCCUUGCCCAACUGCUGCACCUGCGUCCAGGGAGGGGAACCACGAGAGCUGCACCGGGCAGGAUCUGUCUGAUCUCGGCGAGCGUCUGAAGGAUUGGUUCCAGCUCCUGCAGACCAACGCCAAGCAGAACAAUAACAGCAAGCAAGGGGCCAGAUCCCCAGCAGCCAGCACUACGUCAGUGCUGGACAGGAGCCUGGUCGCCAGCUGUAAGGACUCCAUAGGUUGGAUGUUCUCCAAGCUCGACACCAAUAACGACCUUUACCUGGAUCAGGCCGAGCUGGCUGCCAUCAACCUGGAAAAAUACGAGGUCUGCAUCCGGCCAUUUUUCAACUCCUGCGACUCCUACAGGGAUGGAAAGGUUUCCACGGCUGAAUGGUGCCUCUGCUUCUGGAGGGAGAAGCCGCCCUGCCUAGCAGAACUAGAGAGGAUUCAAGUUCUGGACGGUGGGAAGAAAAAGUUUGGCCGAUUCAUCCCCAGCUGCAACGAGGACGGCUACUACCGGAGGCAGCAGUGCGAGAGGGGCGAGUGCUGGUGCGUCGACCAAAACGGAGGAGAAGUUGCGGGGUCUAGGAUUCGUGGCAAGCCGGAUUGCGAUUCUGAAAUGACAUAUUCAGGAGAUUUUGGCAGCGCAGUUGGAUGGGAAGACGAGGAGGAGAAGGAAGCUGAGGAGACUGCAGAGGAGGCUGAGGAGGAGGAGGGAGAGGUGGGAGAGGUGGAUGACGGGGGGUAUAUCUGGUAAAAGGGUCAGCUUUUAUCCCAACCUCUAUGUGGGAGCAUUUAACGGUCCCAAACACACACACACACACACACACACACACACACACACACACACACACACACACACACACACACACACACAUAGAUACUGCUGAUGAUGGAUGUGUUAAAGACACUCCACUCAGAUUUAUAAUGGGUUAGAAAAACACGAGGGAAUGUCGUGAUUUGGAAGGGGGUCAGACGCUAAUGGGAGUAUUUAUUGUUUCAGGGUGUUCUUAUCUUGGGAAACAGGAAAUGGGAGAUGUUAUUCAGAAAUUUGGGGCUUGGGAGUAAAAAAAAUAAUAAUCUUGUCCUUUUAAUUGUGACUCUUUGUUCUCCUUUGUUGUAUGUCCUUUGAACUAUCUACAAGCUGUUUUUAGCUGAUGUGUAAUGGAGAUUUCAAGAAGCGGCAGGUGCUUGCAUUAAGAAAAAAAUCUAUAUAUGUAUAUAUCCAGUUUGGGUGCAUUUCAAUAAUCUAGAGUGGUCUUCUUUAUCUUCUAUGUGUGCAGAUGGAAACCGGUUACGAUUUUAGUUUGUAAUCUGCCCAUAAAGGAAAGGAAACCUGGUAGAGUAUUGAAAAUCGCCCUCUGGUUUUAUUGUUUUCACCUCAUACGCUUUGGCUCAUAUGUGACAGUAAUGCUCUGUCUCAUUCAUGACUUAUUAGGACGUUUCUCACACUUCACCCCUUAGCUUGUACAUAACGUGUGCAUCAGAAGACAGAAUGUCACCUGCUGGUCAAUGCCUUGAAAGACUGGCAGCUUUACGGCUUAGCUGACAAGUGUACAUCGUAAUAUAAUGUGCAUCGGUUAUUGUGUUUAAUUAAGAAAAGAAAAAAACAUCAAAUAAAUCUUAUCUAUGUGGCUGAGCUGGUCACCGUG